AUGGCUCGGUUGAUUUUUCUUUGUUCAACUUUCUUACUUUUGAUACGCUUUGCCCUCUGUGUUCACUCUGUAUGCCCUCCACCACCUCAGACAGUGUCUCCUCCCACUCCGUUUCCUCCCAUUCGACGUCCUCCCACUCCGUUUCCUCCCACUCUAUCUCCUCCCGCGGUUGGUGGUGGAGGUGGUGGCGGUGGUGGUGGUGGUGGAGGAGGAGGUGGUGCUGCAGGUCCAGGUGGUUCUGGGAGUGGGUUUGGUUCGGGCAGCGGCUCUGGCAGUGGCGGUACUGGCAGAGCUGGUGGUGGAGGAGGAGGUGGUGGAGGUGGUACUGGGAGAUCUACGGGUACUGGUGGUAGUGGCUCUGGUUAUGGUGGUGGCAGUGGUUCUGGUGGUGGUAGUAGCAGUGGAGGUGGAGGCGUCCCAUGCAUACCUUGCAAAGCUAGGAAGACUGCGCCAGGCUCUGAUUGGAAACACAUGACCACCACUAUGUAG